AUGUCGACAUUAAAGUCACCAGGUGCUCCUGCGGAUAACAUACAGGUAAGUAGUCUUAUUGAUAGUUCGGAAAAAAAUACUACCUCAACUCGCGUUUCCGCUCCGACUACAACUAGUACUAAUCCUGGAUCUUUGGAAGAAAUACAUCGGAAAUGUCGCGAAGUAUUCCCAUUGUGUUUCGAUGGAGCAAGGAUGAUGCUCACGAAAGCAAUGUCUUCACAUUUUCAGGUGACCCAUACGUUAUGUGUAUCGCCACAAAGUACGGGAUAUCGUUUUGGUGCCACCUAUGUUGGCACUAAGACAACGCAACAAGAAGGCGAAAGUUUUCCUGUGUUUUUGGCAGACACUGACAUUUCUGGUAACACUUCUGCAACAUUCUUGCAUCAAUUUGGCGAUCGAUGGAGAGUAAAAAUGCAAGCGCAAACUCAAGGGAAUAAGUUGACAACAACUCAAGGAGGAGUUGAAUAUCGUGGUCGUCUUACAACAUUGGGAUUGACAUGUGCCAAUAUUGACAUCAUCAAUGAUUCUGGAGUUAUUAUUGCACAGUAUCUACGACGCAUAACCAAAAAGCUAGAUCUAGGUGUCGAAUUCAUCCAUCAAUAUGGGGUUCCCAUUCCUGGAAGGCAAUUUUCAGUUGUAAACUAUCAGGCAAGAUAUACGGGUAAAAAUUUUAUUGCAAGUGGGAUGUUCAGCUUUGAUGCCCUUCAUUUGUGUUAUUAUCAUAAGCAACGUGAAAAUAUUUCAUUUGGUGUCGAAUUCGAAAGUUCGACACGAUCUGGAGAGGCUGUUACUACCAUUGGUUACCAGGCUGAAAUCCCGGACGAAGGUGUGAUAAUGAGAGCGUCAGUGAAUACCGACUGGUCAGUUGGGGCAGUAUUUGAGAAAAAACUUUCUAGAAAUCUGCCGUUCACAUUGGCCAUAUCGGGAAUGCUCAACCACGUGAAGGGACAGGGGAAGUUUGGUAUUGGCCUUAUAAUCGGUUAA